AUGGGUGAAUAUAUCGACGAGGUCGAAAAGGUCGAAAAGGUCGACAAGAAGGAAAAGAGGGGGAAAAAGGAAAAGAAGGAAAAGAAAGAAAAGGCUGAGCAGACGGACAAGGCUGAGCAGACGGACAAGGCUGAGAAGACGGACAAGGCUGAGAAGACGGACAGGGCUGAGAAGAAGGACAAGAAGCGCAAGCUGCAAGAUGGCCCCGAAUUAGAGAUCGACGUGAAUGCGCCUGAGCCCGCAUCUAAGAAGGCUCUGCGCAAAGCCAAGAAAACGAAGCACGCCUCUACUACUGACGACGACAAGCCGAAAUCCGAAAAGCCCGAGUCCAAGAAGACGGAGUCUGCCGCGGAGAAACGCUCUGACUACGGCAUCUGGAUCGGCAACUUGGCCUUCCAGACGAGCAAGGACGAUAUCCGUAACUUCUUCGUCAGCAACUGCACAUUUACCGAUGCUACCAUCACUCGCAUUCACCUUCCUAAAGGCCCUGAAAAGUUCGGAAGAUCCCAGAACCGGGGCUUCGCCUACGUGGAUUUCUCGACUGAAAAGGCCUUGAAAGAAGCAAUGGGCCUGAGUGAGCAGCUUUUGACUGGCCGUCGUGUGCUGAUCAAGGACGCAAAAAGCUUCGAGGGACGUCCCGAAAAGUCUGAGAGCCAGAGCAAUGCAGGCCCUGUUUCGAAAUCGGGCCAUCCUCCCUCUCGCCGAAUUUUCGUUGGUAAUCUGAGUUUCGACGCCACCAAGGAAGCCCUCGAGGAACAUUUCGCUCCAUGCGGAACCGUGGAAAGUGUGCACAUUGCAACUUUCCAGGAUACAGGAAAAUGCAAGGGUUAUGCUUGGGUGGAGUUCGAAGAAAUUGCCCACGCGGAAGCAGCGGUGAGAGGCUAUGUCUUGGUCACUGAGGAAGAAGAGGAGGAAUCUGACUCGGACUCGGACUCGGGCUCUGAACUUGAAUUUGACUUUGACUCUGAGAAGAAGAGGAAGAACAAGAAGAAGUUCAGGAAGCCCAGACAGCAUCGAGUAUGGGUGAACAUGUUCCUAGGCCGUCGUCUGAGAAUGGAGUUUGCAGAGGAUGCGACAACACGCUACAACAAGCGCUUUGGCAAGGACAGGCCUCGCACCGAUAAUGAUGAAGAGAAUGGCGAGUCUGAGGGUCAAGCUUAUGUCAGGAAGCCCAGACGACAGGAAAUUGACGAUUCCCGUUACUCCAAGGAGACCGUGCAAAAGCUCAGCGGUGCCAUUGUCGAGUCCCAGGGCAAGAAAACAACAUUCGACUAG